CCCCGUUAUGCCAACAUUUCACAUACGUUUCACGGGCUUCCAUCAAUAACCUCCUGGGGUCAUCAAGCCAAAUUUAUGACUGGCCAACACCGUCACGUGAUUCUAUUUAAACAUCCCAUAUUUGGGCAGCGCACAUAGAAUAAAGAAAAGAAGAAUCCCCACCUAUAAAUUCUGCACUUUGGAGAACAAAAAACCCUGAACUUCAAAAGGGCCACAAAUCAAGCCUAAUCAAAGGGGUGUGAGAGAGGGAGAGGGAAAGAGAGAGAGAGAGAAAGAGAAACUGUGGGGUGGGGUGGGGGGGAAAUAUAAUUCCUGACAUGAGUUCCUACGUAGCCAACUCCUUCUAUAAGCAAAAUCAAAAUGUUCCUGCGUAUUCCAUGCAAAGUUAUGGGAAUUAUGGAUCUGUGUCUGAGAUUCAGCCAUCCAGGUAUUGCUACAGUGGGCUGGAUCUGAGCAUUACAUUCCCUCCAUCUGGGGCUUCCAACUCUCUCAACGGUGUGGACAUGUCUUCAAACCCCAGACCUAACCCCGAGCGACCUUCUUGUACAGUCAUGGGAUCUUCAGGGCACACUUUAGGCAGAGACGACCAAGCUUCUCUGAACCCAGGAAUUUACAGUCAGAAAGCUGGUGGCAACAGCAGCAGCACCAACAGCCACCCCAACAACCCCAACACGCCGUUGGAAGAUAGAUCUAAGAGCAGUGGGGAAAUCAAGAGUGAGCCGGUGCAAACAGCCCAGCAAAGCGGGCAGUCCCUGCAGCAGCCACAGCACCACCAACACCAACAACAACACCACCAACACCACCACCAUCAACAGCAGCAGCAGCAGCAGCAACAACAACAACAGCAGCCACCGCAAAUAUAUCCGUGGAUGACCAAACUACACAUGAGCCACGAAGCAGAUGGCAAACGCUCCAGAACCAGCUACACUCGUUACCAAACUCUGGAACUAGAAAAAGAGUUCCAUUUUAACAGAUAUCUCACCCGCCGGCGGCGCAUAGAGAUCGCCAACAACCUCUGUCUGAAUGAGAGGCAGAUCAAAAUAUGGUUUCAAAACCGGAGGAUGAAAUGGAAGAAAGAUUCCAAAUUGAAAAGCAAAGAAUCCCUCUAGGUAGAACCGCCUGGGUUUAGGCUGGGAAUAGGGGA